AUGGUCUACUUGGGCUCCUUCGCCACGGCGGUGGAGGCGGCGGUGGCGUACGCGCGGGCGGUCGGCGAGUACCAGCCUCCGGCUCCUCCGACGGUGGCGACAGAGGCGGAGGGCUUGCGUCUGCACCUCUCGAGCAGCAGCAACACCGGCUACACGGGCGUAUUCCAGCACGCCUCUGGCCACAGGAGCCGCUUCCAGGCGCAGCACAGGGUGGGCGGACGAAAGGUCUCCCUCGGCUACUUUGACUCGGCGGUGGAGGCGGCGGUGGCGUACGCGCGGGCGGCGCGCGGCUAUCAGCCUCCCGCCCAACCUCCUCCGACAGUGGCGACAGAGGCAGAGGGCUUGCGGCUGCACCUUUCGAGCAGCAACGCCACCGGCUACAUUGGCGUAAACAAGCACCGCUCCUCUUGCCGCUUCUGGGCGCAGCACAGGGCGGGCGGAAGGCAGGUCUCGCUCGGCUCCUUCGACACGGCGGUGGAGGCGGCGGUGGCGUACGAGCGGGCGGUCGGGCAGGCGGAGGCGGCAGGCGCGGCGGCGGCAGUGUCGGCGGAGGAGGGCGACGAAGCAGGCGGCGAGGAGGAGGGCGGCGAGGAGGAGGGCGGCGAGGAGGAGGGCGGCGAGGAGGAGGGCGGCGAGGAGGAGGGCGGCGAGGAGAGCGGGUGGAGCGGUGGCGGCGAGGAGGAGAGCCACUUCCAGGUGGGAGGCCGCGUCGCUGUACAGUACUCUGACGGCGCCUUGUACCCGGGCGAGAUCGUGGGCUUUGACGGCGCGUCGAGCCUGUACUCGGUGCAGUGCGACGACGGCGAGCUGCUGGAGGACGUCUCGCUGCACGAGAUGCUGCGAGAGGCGGGAGAGGGCGAGUGGGAGGAGCAGGAGCGAGCGAGCGGCGAGGGGAUGGAGGCGGAGGAGGCGGAGGCGGCGGCGGGCUCAGCAGGCUCAACCGCUUCGCCGCCGCCUCCGCCGCCUCCGACGCACAGGGAGGCUGCACCCGCCGCGCCGCUCGUGACAGAGGCGGAGGGGCUGCGCUUGCACCUCUCCAGCAGCAGCAGUACCGGGUACAGAGGCGUGUACGAGCACUCUGGCCGCUACCAGGCGAAGCGCUGGGUGGACGGCAAGGAGGUCUACUUGGGCUCCUUCGCCACGGCGGUGGAGGCGGCAGUGGCGUACGCGCGGGCGGUCGGCGAGUACCAGCCUCCGCCUGCUCCUCCGACGGUGGCGGCAGAGGCGGAGGGCUUGCGUCUGCACCUCUCGAGCAGCAACAGCAUUGGCUACAAGAACGUGCGCGAGAACGGUGCCCGCUUCAAGGCGGAGGCCAGGGUGGACGGGAAGCGUGUUUGCUUCGGCACCUUUGCCACGGCGGUGGAGGCGGCGGUGGCGUACGCGCGGGCGGUCGGGCAGGCGGAGGUGGCAGGUGCGGGAGGGCCAGCGCGGGCAGCAGCGUUGGCGGGGGAGGCGGAGGCGGGGGAGACGGAAGAGGAAGAGGCUGCGGAGGCCAGGGAGAUGGAGGCGAUGGAGGCAGAGGAGGCGGAGGAGGCAACGGCGGCGGCGGCGGCGGCGGCGGAGGGCGCAGAGGGGGCGCCGGAGGAGGAAGAGGCGGCGGAGGCCGCAGGCACGGCGGCCGUUUCCGCCGCCGCGCCGCUCGCGACAGAGGCGGAGGGGCUGAGGCUGCACCUCUCCAGCAGCAACGCCACCGGCUACAGAGGAGUGUGCGCGGACAGGAGCCGCUACCAGGCGAAGCACAGGGCGGGCGAAAGGAUGGUCUACUUGGGCACCUUUGCCACGGCGGUGGAGGCGGCGGUGGCGUACGCGCGGGCGGUAGGGGAGGCGGAGGCGGCAGGCGCGGGAGGGCCAGCGCGGGCAGCAGCUGCGGCGGGGGAUGCGGAGGCGGGGGAGGCGAUGGAGGCUGCGGAGGCCAGGGAGAUGGAGGCGAUGGAGGCAGAGGAGGCGGAGGAGGCAGCGGCGGCGGCGGCGGCGGAGGAGGAGGAGGGCGCAGAGGGGGCGCCGGAGGAGGAAGAGGCGGCGAAGGCCGCAGGCACGGCGGCCGUUUCCGCCGCCGCGCCGCUCGCGACAGAGGCGGAGGGGCUGAGGCUGCACCUCUCCAGCAGCAACGCCACCGGCUACAGAGGAGUGCGCGAGCACUCUGGCCGCUACCAGGCGAAGCACAGGGCGGGCGAAAGGAUGGUCUACUUGGGCACCUUCGCCACGGCGGUGGAGGCGGCGGUGGCGUACGCGCGGGCGGCCGGCGAGUACCAGCCUCCGGCUCCUCCGACGGUGGCGACAGAGGCGGAGGGUCUGCGGCUGCACGUCUCGAGCAUCACCAGUACCGGCUACAAGGGCGUGCACGCGGACAGGAGCCGCUACCAGGCGACGCAUAGCGUGGGCGGAAAGCAGGUCUACUUGGGCUCCUUCGCCACGGCGGUGGAGGCGGCGGUGGCGUACGCGCGGGCGGUAGGGGAGGCGGAGGCGGCAGGCGCGGGAGGGCCAGCGCGGGCAGCAGCGGCGGCGGGGGAUGCGGAGGCGGGGGAGGCGAUGGAGGCUGCGGAGGCCAGGGAGAUGGAGGCGAUGGAGGCAGAGGAGGCGGAGGAGGCAGCGGCGGCGGCGGAGGAGGAGGAGGAGGAGGGCGCAGAGGGGGCGCCGGAGGAGGAAGAGGCGGCGGAGGCCGCAGGCACGGCGGCCGUUUCCGCCGCCGCGCCGCUCGCGACAGAGGCGGAGGGGCUGAGGCUGCACCUCUCCAGCAGCAACGCCACCGGCUACAGAGGAGUGCGCGAGCACUCUGGCCGCUACCAGGCGAAGCGCGGGGGGGACUGCAAGGAGGUCUACUUGGGCAACUUCGCCACGGCGGUGGAGGCGGCGGUGGCGUACGCGCGUGCGGUCGGCGAGUACCAGCCUCCGGCUCCUCCGACGGUGGCGACAGAGGCGGAGGGUCUGCGGCUGCACGUCUCGAGCAUCACCAGUACCGGCUACAAGGGCGUGCACGCGGACAGGAGCCGCUUCCGGGCGGAGGCCAGGGUGGGCGGAAAGCAGGUCUACUUGGGCACCUUUGCCACGGCGGUGGAGGCGGCGGUGGCGUACGCGCGGGCGGUCGGGCAGGCGGAGGCGGCAGGCGCGGGAGGGCCAGCGCGGGCAGCAGCGUUGGCGGGGGAGGCGGAGGCGGGGGAGACGGAAGAGGAAGAGGCUGCGGAGGCCAGGGAGAUGGAGGCGAUGGAGGCAGAGGAGGCGGAGGAGGCAGCGGCGGCGGCGGCGGAGGAGGAGGAGGAUGUGCCGCCGCAGGCCGAGGGGUUGCGCUUGCACCUCUCCGGCUGCACGGGCUCCGCUGGCCUGGCUGCCGGCUCUCCGUGCUGGGCCAAGCUACGCGACUCGCCUUGGUGGCCCGCAGUCAUCCGCGCAGAGGAGGAGGGCGAGUCGGUGCGGGUGCACUUCUACGGCACGGGCAACGUGGCGUCGCUCGAGCGCGCGAGCUGCAUCAAGCCGCUCCGCGAGGACGAGCGCCUCUUCGACGCCACGCGCUGGGGCAAGGAGUUUGGGCGGCCAAAGUGGAAGCACCUCCGCGCGCCCUUUGCGAGUGCCGUCGCUCAGGCACUCGAGGUCGAGGCGGCCCUCCCGCAUGCGCCGCCGGGCGCGCUAAGCCGAGGACCGGCCGGAAGCUCCGCAGACAACGCGAGGCGGUGCGACGAGCGGCCGCCCAAGCGUCGUCGCACCUCGGCUGCGCAGGAGGCGGUGCAGAUGGUGGCAGACCUGGAGACGGCGGACGUGGAGCUCGACGCGCCGCUUGUGCGGAGGUGCGCCGUCACGCUCGACCGCUGCUUGCCCAGCCGCGCCAACCGCGGCGCGGCCCCUCCUCGCCUCGGCAUCGGCGACGGGUGGGCCGCCUCGGCCGCCUCCUCGUGGGUGAGCCUCGCUCCGCCGCCGCCGCCGUCGACACUGACGCCGCCGCCGCCGCCACCGCCUUGUGCCGCCCUGGCAGCAUCCGAGCCGUGGCGUCUGCCGUCUGCGCGGGCACCGCGCGACGGAGGGGCUGCGCCUGCACCUCUCGAGCAGCAGCGCCACCGGUCACGCUUGCGUGUCCAAGCUUCGGUCGGGCCGCUUUCAGGCGCAGCGCAGGGUGGGCGGGCGGCUGCUGCACCUCGCCCUCUUCGACACCGCGGCGGCGGCGGUGGCGUACGCGCGGGCGGUCGCGGGGGGCGAUUACAGUGGGUCCACCCUGCGUAA